CUGCGGACGCCCCGGCAAGGACGCGGCCACCUCUCCGGAGCCGGCUGCGCGCCAAGGCGCAGCGCUUUUACGCAUCUCCGGGAGAGGCAUGAGGCUCUUUUGGGGGCUCGGCGUUCUCCUGGCUUGCUUCGGAUCCGGCCAGCCCGUCGGGAAGGAGAAGGAGCGCGGGAGGGUCCGCGGAGCCCCAGCCGCGGAUGGCAGGGCCUGGCAGCCGGGGGACGAGCUGACCUGCCAGUGGCCCAUCACACCGAAGGUGGUGCAGGACAACCAGACCCUCAGCUUGGAGGAGGCAGCGCUGGGACAGAAUGGAUUCCCGGCUCGUCUGCAGAUCAUGUUGGAGGUGGAAGGAGAUCAUGUUCUUGUGGAUCUGGAACGGAAUUGGGAGCUGCUGGCGGGUGCCCCAGGACUGGCAUAUUAUCUUCCCAAUGGAACCAAGGCCAUACAUCAGACCAACCCAGAGGGGAAUUGCUGCUAUCGGGGGAGUAUCCAGGGAUUCCUCGAAUCUUGGGCCAAUAUCUGCAUUUGCUCAGGUCUAAGCGGUUUCCUGAUCGUGUCCAGGGAUCAAAGCUACAGCCUCGAGUCUCAUGUCAGGGAGAAUGCGACGGAUCACAGAGCCUACAGUCUUCAUGCUCUCAAACAUGGCACAGGAGAAUGCAGGCCAAUUUCUCUGUCCCAUGGACAGCUUCAUUCACAGCCGGAGCAACCUCUGCUACGUAGGGGUAAGCGGCAGGCGGAACCUGAACAAGGAUAUGUGGAAUUGGUGAUCGUGGCUGAUCAUGCCGAGUACGAGCUGUAUUUCAACCUUGACCAAAUCCAGAUACGGAUGCUGGAGAUCGCCAGCCAUAUGGACGAGUUUUACCGUCCGUUGGGCCUGCGGGUGGCGCUGGUGGGCUACGAAGUCUGGAACGAGCGAAACCAGGUGUUGAUGGAAGGGCCUCCUCACGCAGUGCUGGAGCGCUUUCUGAGCUGGAGGAAGGAGGCGCUCCUGCCGGAAGUCCCUCACGACAGCGCCCAGCUUAUCACGGGCUCCCCCUUAAUUGGCGGCGCAACAGGGGCCUCCACCCACGCUUCCAUCUGCUCCGGUCGCUCAGGUGGGCUCAGCAUGGACCACUCUGUCAGCCCCCUGAUCAUGGCUUCCACACUCUCCCACCAGCUGGGCCACAACCUGGGCCUCAGUCACGACGGUGCCGGUUGCGGGUGCGAUGGGUCCAGCCCCAACCUCCCCCCCGGCCGCAGCUGCAUCAUGGAGCUGCCAGGGUUGAUGUCCGGGCUGAGUUUUAGCCAUUGCAGCCACCAGCAGCUCCAAGAGAUCCUCCGGAGCAGCCGGGUGUGGUGUCUCCAAGAUGUGCCCAAGCCCACCCGCCUGACCAGGCCCCAUUGCGGGAACCACCUUGUGGAAAAGGGGGAAGGAUGCGACUGUGGCCUCCGAGAGGAGUGUGCAGAUCUGUGUUGCAAUUCAAGCACGUGCCAACUGAUGCCUGGAGCUCAGUGUGCCACUGGGGGCGCCUGUUGCCAUGAAUGCAAGCUGCGACGGGCUGGUUUUCUCUGCCGCGACGUGCGGAACGAAUGCGACCUUUCUGAAUUCUGCGACGGUGUCUCCCCCCACUGCCCCACGAACUUCCACAAACAGGAUGGAACGCCCUGUGCAGAAGGCAGAGCCAUUUGCUAUGGAGGGGUCUGUCCCACCUACAUGGGUCAGUGCCAGGAACUUUGGGGCCCAGGUUCGAUCCCUGUCUCCGACGCGUGCAUGGCUUCUCUGAACAGCAGGGGUGAUCUGGAGGGCCACUGUGGGCAGCAUCCCAAUGGCUCCUAUGCUCCUUGUGCCCAAAGGAACGCCCAGUGUGGACGCUUGCAGUGCCAAGGGGGCAACGCCAACCUUACGAAGCAAAACAAGAUCAGGGGCUCGCCCGCCUGCCCACACAACACGCCGUCUCCCGUGGAUGACCUUCUGGAUCUGGCCAUGGUGUUCCCAGGCACGGCUUGCGGGCUUGACAAAUUCUGCAUCGAUCGGCAGUGCCGGGAUCUCCCUGCCUUGAAGUUUCCAGUCUGCCUUUGCAACGGGCACGGAGUGUGCAACAACAAAGGCAACUGUCACUGCCAGCCGGGUUGGGCCCCCCCGGACUGCCGGAACAGUGGACGAGGGGGCAGCACGGACAGCGGCUCGCCUGCUAUGGAGCGAGGCAGCGCCACCUCAACAGCCCUGGUCCUCACCAGCCUCCUCCUCGUCCUGCUUUUGGUCCUCGGGCUCUAUUGCGCCAAGCGAGUCGGUCUGCACAAACGCCUCUGCCAGUUGGGCAAGGGCACGAGCUGCCAGUACAGGAUUACUCAGCCCGAACCCCGAAGUUACAGCCGAGCCCCUCCAGAGCGGCCUCAACCCCCCCAGUGGAGGCAGAGCACUGAACUUCAGCUAAUGCCAAGCACUAAGCCCGCCCCCCUCGGCGACGCACGGCCUGAUCCUCCGUCCAAGCCUCUUCCUCCCGACCCGAUCCCCAAGGGUCAACAGGCUGCGGCCACGGACAGGCCAGCGCCUCCUACGCGCCCGCUGCCCGCCGACCCCAUUCCCAAAGCUGCACAGCCCCCUGGUCCCGCCAAGCCUCCACCUCCCCGGAAACCGCUCCCUUCGGACCCACCCCGGACAGAACCGUCUGCCGUGCCUACUUACAAUCCUCAGGUCCUGAUGCUGCCAGCCCGGCCGCCGCCUCCUCCUCCUCCCCCCACGUCGUCGGCCGGUCUCCCCACGCACGUCCAAGAAGUCUAAGCCAGCCCCCGCUGCCCUGAGGACGUGACACUGUUUGGGCUUGCCUGCCCCUCUCUAGCCAAGACGGGCCGCGGAGGACUCCGGCGCGAGCUCGUUCUCGGCGCUUGCUCUCCUUGACUCUGGCGGUGGGCUGGGCAGAGGACUGUCGGCGUCCUUGGCGAGGACGGAGGCCGCUCGUUCCGCAACGCUGAGGAAGUUUCGCCACAGAUUCGGCCCGAGUGCCGCUGUAUGGCACAAGAGCCUCCACCCUGCUGUGGUUUCAGAAUCUGGGAGCGAAGAGCCAUGGGAAAGAGGGAAAGUCUUUGCACUGGGAACCAGGGGGGGGGGCAUGAUCCCUCGAUAAAGCUGCACGUGUGUGUGAGAGAGAGAAUGUCUGUGUUGGUGUGUGUCGAGACUGAGAUCUGAGUGUGAGUUUAAGGGCUGGUGUUCCCCACCAAAGCUCUGCCUGCUUCAACCCCAAGCCCGAAUUUGCCCUAACUUCGAAGUAUAGGGCAGCUUUCUUAACAAUCUACAGCCAUUUCAAUAAAAGCAGACUGGAUUACUCUUU